CGUGACGCUGAGCCUUCCGCGUUCCAUCGUGACACUGAGCCUUCCGCGUUUUGCCGCGACAUUGAAACCCUUCCGCCGUUGCGACGCUAAGCCCCUUUCAUCACUUCGCUUACCUCGUCUUCUGCUACAUUCAAGAAUCAGCUUGGAGGAAGACACUGGAUUAGUUUUUAGAUUUGUCAUUGGUAGGACUAAUGAUGGGGUGAAGAUGAUGGAAUUGAAAAGGGAAGUGGCACAGUAUGAUGACUUCUUACUGUUGGAUAUAGAAGAGGAGUACAGCAAACUCCCCUACAAAACGUGAGCGCCAUUCUCUCUCUGUGUGAUCGGCUUUAAAUUGCAGGUUUGAGUGCACCAAUUCCAAUUUGUUGGGGAAUCUUGGAGUGACCGGAAGAGAUUCAAGUAUGAAGAUCGAAGUGCAAAGCAAGAAAUUGAUCAAGCCAUCGGCUCCGACGCCGAACCACCGUCGAAAGCUAAACAUUUCAUGCAUUGAUGAGCUUGUGCAGCCACUGUACGCCGGUUUCCUUUUCUACUACCAGGCUGAUGGCGAAAACCAUGAAGAGGAUAUUUUCCAAAGGCUUCGCCUUUUGGAGGAGUCGCUUUCGGAAACUCUAGCGAUCUUCUACCCUCUAGCUGGUCGGUACGUCGAGGAAGGGCUCUUUAUUGACUGUAACGACCAAGGAGUAGAAUUUGUGCACGCCAAAGUGAAUGGCCAGCUGGAUCAGCUCCUCCAGGGAGAAUUUGACACAGACCUGCUCGGCCGUUUGUCCAAGUUCCGAAUGGGACCAGCCAGCAAUCCCCUAGUCAUGAUUCAAGCAAACGUGUUCGAGUGUGGGGGACUCGUGAUCAGCCUGCGCUCUUAUCACAAGUUAGGCGACAUGUGCACCAUGGCGACAUUCAUGAACUCAUGGGCUACCGCGUGUAGGAGUGGAGUCCACGAAGUAGCCUCGCCGUAUUUCGAGCUGUCCUCUCUAUUCCCAGUGAAGGGGUCGGGGGUAACUCUUAUGCCUCCACUUCUUGCUGGAGUAAAACUCACGAUAAAUCGGUUCUUAUUCAGUGGCGCGGCCCUAUCGAGAUUAAAACUGGCUGGGCCUAAAAAUGUGCGGAUAUCGAGAGUGGAGGUCGUGUCUGCACUGUUAUGUAAGGCAUUAGUAACUUUGGAUCGAGCUAAACACGGGCGCCUGAGGCCCCUUGUCAUUUGCCAGAAUAUGAACUUGCGUGGGAGAGUUAAUCUACCAAUACCAACAAAUGCGUUUGGUAACUUCGUCACCAAGGUCAACGCCCGACACACGAUGCAUCAGAGCAGCCUGGAUUUCGAAGCGUUUGUGAAGAUGAUCCACGAUAUGUUCGCGAGCGCCAAGACAAGGUUUGCAGCGAUAGCGGACAGAGAGUCGUGCAUGGAUAUGGUGAAGGAAUUUGCAAGAGAAUACAAGGAAAGGGUUAACAGUGACGAAGAUAAUGUGGUGGACUUUACAAGCUGGUGUGGUUUCCCAUUCUAUGACAUCGAUUUUGGGUGGGGGAAGCCGGACUUGGUGAGCAAUGCAGGCAAUCCCGUCCGUAAGAUUGUUCUCAUUGAUAGUAAAUCUGAGGGUGGAAUCGAUGCAUGGAUCAUAGUAGGCCAAGAGGAGAAGGUUCUUCUUGAGCAAGACCCUGACAUUGUUGCUUUCACUUCCUGAAAAUUAUAUUGGCCGUGGGCGGAGCGGUUGCGUGCACUCCCUUCCAUCCAAAUCGCGAGAUCUGUUGAGAUAUAAUAAAAUUGAUUUUCGUUGUUGAAUUGUCAACAUCUCUUGAGAUCGAUGGUAAACCUCUCCCUAGCGUUGUUCUUUCUCAGAGAUUUCAAUCACUCGGGAAGCAUGUGGUUCAUGACUUCCAAGUUAUUCGGCUGCAAUUACUCUAUAAAUAGAGUAUUAUGUCAAGUUUAGGAGCAAGCCACAAGGGCAAAAAGUGUGAUCUUUAAAAUAGAGAGGUAACAGUCGUUGCCCAUAUGUGAGGGAGAGAAAAACUAAAAGAGUUGCGAGUGUGUCUAUGUAUAAGCUAGUGAGCUUUAAGUGUUUUGUGUGUGGUUUGAGAAACUAUAUUGUAAUAAUUGUGUGAGAUAAUAUUUUAUUUGAGUGUUAUAUUUGUAUCGUA